AGUAGUACUUUUUUUUAAUUUGUUUAUUCUGUCUUCCAGAGUUUUUUAUAAGGAAAAUCUUUUGCUUUCAUUAACAAAUUUUUGUAAGUCAGUAAACAAUAGAUUAAUAAAAGCAGAGAGAGAGAGAGAGAGAGAGAGAGAGUGAUUCUGCUUGCAGUUGCAGAAAUGUUAGACAAAGAAAAGUUUAUAUAUAAUCCGGGCAUUUGAGAUCAGAUCGGUCAAGCUUGUUGUGCUUCCAUUACUACACAUAUACAGUCACAGAGCUUUCUUUCUGAUAUCCCAACCCAACCCAUGAGAUGAGCUCUAAUCCAUCACCAACAAGACAAGAAUCUUCCUGGACUUAGUUGCAGUGAAAGUGAAGAAGCUUUGAUCUGCUUGCUUCUCCAGUCCAGGUCCUGAGGUCAGAUAAUCCAGAUGGACGAGAUUAACCCACCUCGGUCGUCACGUAAACGCGGGACGUCAUCCGAUCAUCAGGGCGACACAUCCUCAGCUGCAGGACACACAACCCCAAGGAAGAGCCGGUACGCCGUGGAUGACGCGGGGGACCGGAUCGAGUGCUCUGGCAAGUAUUGCAAGUCAUGCAGCGGCGCUUUGAUAGCCGACUGCGUGGCACUCUGCUGCUGCCCCUGCGCUUUGCUGAAUCUUCUCACUCUUGCCUUCGUUAAAGUGCCCUGGAUGGUGGGCAGGAAGUGUUUGGGACUGGGGAAAUCCAAGGGGCAAAAGCGUAAAAGCAAGAGAAAAUGCAGCAGUAUUGAUGAUGAUGAUGAUGAUGAUCACCAUCGUCAGUGUGAGGUGGAGAGAGAAGAAGAGGAAAGAAUGCCAGAAAUUUCAUCAGAGCAAAUGGAGUGUGUGAGUGCCAGGCUGGAGGCAGAGAGGGUUUGGUUAGAAUUGUACCAGAUUGGUCAUCUGGGUUUUGGUAGGGUGUCUUUCAGUGGUAUGCAAUCUCUGGGUAAGGCCAAUUAGGGAAGAUAAUU